AUGUCAGUACCAAAAGCGGUAACCCCAAGCUACACUCGGGCUUACCAUGCGGCGUUGGAUAGGGAGUCCCUGCAGCACUUACCUUGUCCUUCGCUCCCGCGAUGUGUCCCCUGCAGCAUCCCCGGCCAUCUCCUCCAGCUGAUGCUGGCAUCCGGCUCCUGUGUUCCGGUCCCUGUGACGUCAGGACGUACGGGCGCCGCCGGCGGCGGGAAAAUUGAAAAUUUAAAAAAAAAUUUCAUUUUUUUCAAAACGAUUUUACAUAUGCUUUGUCCUGUCCCGUCUGCAUUUUGACUGUUCUUUCUG